CUACCGCCAGUCCCGCCACCCCUCACGCAAUGUCCGCCAACCCAUUUUCCCCAGCCGGCGAGAGCGCUGCCGACCUCUGGCUUGAACGGUCCAACCUUGUCGGUGCCGUGCUUGGCGGCGUCGCCUACGGGGUGCAUGUCGCGGUGUUCGCUGAGUGCAUCUACCGGAUAAACCCCGCUCGCGGCAGCGUUGCUCGCAGCCGAAGCAGUGGCGGUAGUGGCCGUUUCCAGUCCUGGUUCCUCGUCGGGUUCAUCUUCCUACUGUUCCUCAUGGGCACCAUCAACCUGGCGUGCAACACCAAGAUGAACCAGCUCAUGUUCAUCGACAACCGCGACUUCCCCGGCGGUCCCAACGCCUGGUUCUUCACCAACUACAACAGCGGCAUCAACACCGCGGGUAACGCUGCCUACAUCAUCGCGAAUUUCCUCGCAGAUGGCUUGCUGCUCUGGAGAACGUACGUGGUGUGGAACUCGCUCUGGAUUAUCGCGUUCCCUUUCAUUGUCUACCUCGCCUCCACUGCCAUGUCAAUCCUCACACUCUUUCAAGCCUCCCGCCCGGACGCGAGCCUCUGGACGACCGUCACCAUCCAGUUCUCGCUGCCGUACUUCUCGAUCUCGAUCGCGCUCAACGUGCUGCUCACGCUCCUGCUCGUCUCGCGCCUGUUCUACAUGAGCGUCAAGGCGCGCCGGACCAUCGGCGGCGAGCACGGCCGCACGUACAUCUCCAUCGCCGCGAUGCUCCUCGAGUCCGCCGCGCCGUAUGCGAUCGUCGGCCUGAUCUUCAUCAUCACGUACGCGCGCAACAGCAACGUGCAGAACCUUGUCCUCCCGGUGCUCAGCCAGAUCAUGUGCAUCAGCCCGGAAGUGAUCAUCCUGCGGGUCGCCAUCGGCCGCGCGACGAACAGCACGGUGCGCACACCGGAAGCCUCCAUGCGGUUCGGCAACCCCAACCAAAGCACGAUGUCGUCCUUCCCGGGGUCCGCGAAGCGCGCCGACUUCUCUUACGGGUCUGGGUCGACGACGAUUGGGUCGCGGCCCGACUUGGUGACCUUCAAGGGCGACGUCUGAGGGAGGAGCUCGUGGCGGGACGUAUAGUUAUUUAUUUAUUCGCUGGCAGGCCGUCGGUACUAUAGGAUGUUGUAUUAGGCUUUGAAUCAGC